CGUUCCCUGCCCGCCGCGCCCAUGGAGCUGCUGUGCGUGGAAGCCGUCCCCCGCGUUCCCCGCGCCGAGCACGACCCGCAGCUCCUGGGGGACCGGCGGGUGCUGCAGAACCUGCUGAGCCUGGAGGAGCGGUACAGUCCCCGCGCCUCCUACUUCCACUGCGUGCAGCGGGAGAUCAAGCCCUACAUGCGGAAGAUGCUGGCUUUCUGGAUGCUGGAGGUGUGUGAGGAGCAGAAGUGUGAAGAAGAGGUCUUCCCCUUGGCCAUGAACUACGUGGAUCGCUACCUGUCCUCAGUCCCCGUGCGCAAGAGCCACUUGCAGCUCCUGGGAGCAGUCUGCAUGCUCCUGGCCUCCAAGCUACGAGAAACCAUGCCCCUGACCGUGGAGAAGCUCUGCAUCUACACAGACAACUCCAUCACGCCUCAGCAGCUCGUGGAUUGGGAGAUUCUGGUCCUGGAGAAGCUAAAGUGGGACCUGGUCUCGGUGAUCGCCAAUGAUUUCCUGGCUUACAUCCUCUAUCGGCUCCCACUGCCGAAGGACAAGAUGGAGCUGGUGAAGAAGCACGCACAGACCUUCAUCGCCCUGUGUGCUACAGGACUGCCUGAAGGCCUGUCAGGAGCAGAUCGAGGCAGCCUUAGCCGAGAGCCUGAAGCAGGCAUCCCAAACCCCGCAGGAGCUCCGGGCCUCCAAGAGCGCCGCGUACCCGGGCAGCCAGCCCACCGGCACGCCGACAGACGUCACGGAUGUCAACCUGUGACCCCACCACCACCACCACGUCCCCAGAGCCCAGCCCCGCUGCAUCGGGCCCUGCACGCCCAAGGGUCGCUGCAUCCCCCUCCCCUUGCACCACCCGGCUGCUGAGGAUGUGCUCUGCUCGCGGGCAGUGUGGAGCUGGAUGCUGGUUCUCAGUGCUGCAGGUAGCUGGGGUGAAGCGAGCGUUGUUGGGUGAUGCCAGGGCCCAGGAGAUGUUGGGAAGGGGCAGCGGGACCCAAAAUGAAGUUGUAAAGUGUUGCUCAGUUCACGUUGCUGUUCACCACCUCCUUGGGAAGGGGGGGGGUUCACUGUGAUGAAUUCCAGCCCUGUGUGGGGCAUUGAUCAUGGAGAGCCUCCGACCCUGGAUACCUGACCUGACUCCUUGUAUCCUUCAACUCCCUCCGCAGGCUGCAGCCCCGCAUGGCUUGAGGGAGAGAACUGGGGGCUUGGAGGAGGGAGCAGGGGCUCAGUGUCCCUUGGUCCCCAUUGCUUCGUGCCAGAGGGCUCUGGCUCUUGGGGGGGUGGCGUGGCUGCUUCUGCUUGGAGGGCAAAACGUGGGGCUUGUUUCUUGUUGCUGUUAGGUUUGGGGUUUUUGGGGGGGGGGGGGGUGUCUUGCUUGGGGAGGGCAGGAGCGAAGCCCUUGCCUCGGGCAGCAGGCUCAGGUGAGGUUUGGGCCUGCUGAGGCUGCUUAAUUUAUUGUUAACUGCUGGGAAUGGGGGGGAAAGAGUUGGAGCUCCCUCUCGCAGGGCUCUGCCGCUCUCCUCUCCUUCCCCUUUGAGUGCCUUCCCCCUUCAUCCCCUUCCCGAGCUCCCUGCGCAGUGGGAGCCGCACUUGGAGGCCGGUUGGUGGUUCGGGUAGCUUAAAUCAGACUAGGGUUGAAGAAAUACAUUUGCUGCUAUAGUCUGAGCUGCAUCUCCACACCUCGGGGCCGGGAGCCGAGUAAAUCCCACAGGGAUCCCAGUGGGAAGGUGGAGAUUUUGCUGCGCACUUGAGAAGCAAUUCCUGCUUUUUGUGUAUUGUCGAUCCUGUCUGUUAGUUUGGAUAAAAAGUGUUCCUCUAAGAAAGAAAACCCAGCAAAAACUAAUGCUGCUUUCCUAAGAGAGACCCCUUCAAGACUGGAAUUGUAUUGACCAGGAGAAGCCAGAGAGACCCUUUAGGGCUGAGGCAGGCUGGUUGGUGCUGCUCCGUGGCCGCUGUCCCUGGGGGAUGUGGAAAAGGAGGUAGAACUCUUCCUAUAUGGAUGCUACUAGGAACAAAGAGUCUUUUUCCAGGUGGGAAAUGGGCUGCCAUUCCUUGGGAUGAGGAGAACCAACUCCUGCAUGCGGGGCCACGGAGCCUGUCUGUCCACAGAGAAAAUGUCCCUUUUUUUAUACAUAUAUAUAUAUAAAUGAGUUUUAAUUUAAGAGUAAAGUGGGUUUGGUGUUCACAGGCGAGAUUCCUGCUGCUGGGAGCAUCAGAGGAGUGUCUGGGAUUUGCAAUAAAGUCUUUUA